CCUGCUACUGGCUUCCCAUUCACACACACAUACACACACACACACACACACAGUCAGACACAGGCUGGCUUCGCAGCAGAGGAGGGGAGAAGAAACUCUCCUCCCGCCGCUAAGAAAUCAACAGCUAUCAGAGACGUGACGGCGACGCGUUGUCAAGCACGAAAUGUUACCGUUUAGUGUAAGGCGACAGCUACUAAUAGGGAAGAAACUGUAGAAACUAAGGAGUGGGUGAGCAGUGACAGCUGGAGACAUCAAGCCAGGGUUUAGAGGACCGCACGUGGAAAAAAGGCUCGCUUUAACAAACCAGGUGAAGAUUGGAUAUCUCCAUUUAACUUUUUUUCCAUCUCUUUAUUUCGGCCUGUAUCGGGAGAUGAGUGCCAAGUCCGCCAUCAACAAGGAGCUCUUCACACCUCACGAUGAGAAGAUGCUUGCUGGUGUACAGGUGAAGAGGAGGACAAAGAAGAAGAUACCAUUCCUGGCUACUGGUGGUCAGGGAGAUUACAUGACUUUCAUCUGCCUCUCAGUAACAAACAAAAAACCAUCCCAUGUAUCCCUCACUAAAGUGAAGCAGUUCCAAGGAUCAUCUGCCUUUGUCAAAAGGUCACAGUGGACAAUUGACCAACUACGACAGGUUAAUGGCCUUGACUCCAACAAAGAUUGUCCAGAAUUUGACCUGAUGUUUGACAAUGGUUUGGACCAGUGGGUUGCUAGUUCAGCUGGAGAGAAGUGCACCUUCAUCCAAAUUCUUCAUCACACCUGCCAACGCUACUGCUCUGCCCGGAAACCCGAGUUCGUCAACUGUCAGUCAAAACUGCUCGGUGAAGGCUUAGAUACAGUUAUUUACCACUGCAAGGUCUAUUUGAACAGAAUGAGGAAAGACUUAGUGCCACAUCGUGGUCAUCUGCCAAGACAAGGUAACAGUAUACUACACUCAGCUGCAGACAGUGUGACGAGUGCUGUACAGAAGGCCAGCCAGGCCCUGAACGAGCGCGGCGAGAGAUUAGGUCGCGCCGAGGAGAGGACCGCGGACAUGAUGAACAGUGCUGAACAGUUCGCCGUCACUGCGCACAAGCUUGCCAUGAAACACAAAUGUUAGGACCACUGCCAAAAUCAGCUGGGCUGGAGAUGUGAGCACAGACCAGUCGGUGCACAGGAGAAGGAAUCCAGCGUUGAUCCUUUUUACAUUUUAUUAAUAUGAUUAAUAUUUGUUAACAAUGUUAACAUAUUACUGUUUUGGGUUAUCAUAUUGUGGUGCAGCUCAUUCCUAAUAAUAGUGAUGCAUCAUGUACAAUGACUUGGAAAAGGAUUCAGACCCCUUUUAACAGUUUUUUAUUUGUCAUAUCUUGUCAUGUUAAAAAUCAAAGACUUCAAUCUAACAUAUUGGGAUUUUAUGAUAAACCAACACAAGGUAGUGCACAAUUGUGAAGAGGAGAUGGGUUUUAGUUUUGGGGUAAGGCUAUAGCAGGUUUACAAAUCUAGAGAACUUAAUGUUUACAAUUUUUCCACAAAAUGACAAAUUGGAUGGAAAUAAUCUCUUAACAGGAGUUCAGGUUUUGACACAGAUUCUGAAUUCAGUUUAGAUCUGGGCAGGAGUUGGAUUUAAGUUUGCACUUUGACUGGACCAAUCUUAACACAAAACCAUUUUACUGUUGCUCUGCCUGUAUGUUUGGUCUUGUUGUCCUCGUGAAAGCAGAACCUCCACCUCAGUCUCAAAUCUGUUGUGGCCUCUAUUGGGUUUUGCUCCAUGGAUGUCCUGUAUUUUGCUCCAUCCAUCUUUGUAUUAACUUAGACCAGUUUGCCUCUAUCUGCAAAUGAAGGGCACACCCACACUGUGAUGCUGUCACCACGUUUAAUGAUGGGGAUGGUGUGUUUGUGUUGAUUUGCAGUAUUAGAUAUCUGCCUCACACAGCAUUUUAGAUGUAUCAUCUGAUCAGAUUCACAUGUUUCAUCCACUUAUGGCUUUCUUCUUGUCACUCUUCCAUAAAGGCCACAUUUAGUGCGCUACUAACAGUUGUCCUGUCGGAAGAUUCCAAUUGAACAAUGCUUCAUGAGAUGUUCAAAUCUUGGAAUAGUGUUUAAUAGGCUAACCCUGCAUUACAUAUGUAUACCUGUCCUGUCUAUUGUUGUUUGUUAGUCUUCAUAUUGCUGUUUGUUCAGUAAUGUUCUAUUUUCUGAGGCCUUUAGAGAGCAGCUGAGAUUAAACAACACAUUAACUAAUUAGGUGCUUUCUGACAGCAAUUGAUUGCACAGAAAUGUAUAUAGGGGUGUAAAAGUAAAGGGGGUUCAAACAAAUGCACACCACUUUAAGAUAUUUGUAAAAACAGUUUUUGAAAACUUGUAUCCUUUUCCAUCCACUUCACAGUUAUACACUCUCUGUUGGUCCCAAUACAGUAAAUUGAAUUUUGUAUUUGUGAUGUGAAAGCGUGUUAGUGUGAAAACGUUUAAGGAGUAUGAACUCUGUCACAAGUUGCUGAAGAUGGGAGAGACGACUUUGAGUGGAAUGUUUAAUGUUUUCAUUACCAAAAAAAGUCACUACAAUGACUACAGUUAAUAUUUACAGACCCUGAGUGCACAUUGUUAUAACAAUGUGUGGAUUAAAGUUAACUAGAAAUGAUCAGCAAUCUCUCCCAGACAAAUAAUACCCAGUUUCUUAUUGUUAGGAGUGCACAGUGCUGGAUUUUAAAGGCUUAUUUAUGAGUCAAUAACUUCUCAUUUCCCUUUUGAUGUGGCUGAGUUUAUUAGAUAGAAUAUAAAUAUUUUGCACCUACAUUCCAAAAGACUGUGUCUUUCUAGCAAAAUUUUGGAACCAAAUUUGGGACAGUAAGUUUUCACCACUAAGCUGUCAGACUGUCUCUAAAUAUAAAUUUUUACUGUACAUUUUCCUUCUGUUUGACGCUUCAUUUUUUCCAUUUGUCUUUGACUUCAGAAAAGUACAAACAGUAUUGGUCAUUAUGUUUCCUUUUUAUAAAAUGCCAACAAUUAUAGAGUGAAGGUAGAUAUUAAAAAUGCUUUUUCAUCUUAUGGGUACAUUUCUUAUUGGGAGCAACAAAAUAACAACGACAAGUAUUAACAUUGGUGUUUUUAAGGAUAUCUAUUACACAUUGUAUUAAUUUAUGUUAUAAAGAGGUACAUUAAACCAGCCUCUGGUCUGUAAGAGUGAUCUCUUGUACCAAUAUCUUAAUGUCUGUAGACCUAAUUGCCCCUUUUAUUAAAUAUUUUGGAAUUAAUCCUGGUUGUAAUUCACUUUUCAACAUCCAAUGGUCAAUUCCUUUACUUUUCUUUAUUUAAUGUGGGAAUUGUCGAGGUGAAUGCUGAUCAUGAGUAAAUGUCUUCAGCAGCAGCCAGGUGUAAUAAUUUUUGUUGCUUUUUUAUGUGUACAUUUCUACAUUGACUGUAAUUUUAAGGCCACAGUUAGGGUUUAUCUGACUCUUUUUACUUUGCAUUUUUCAAGUCAUGAUGUUACAAAGCACUGAUGUAAUAAUCCUGCAGAGCACAGUUGAGUUCAUAAUGAAGUGUUCCAGUUGCCUCACUUGGAUGUUUAACUUUAUAAUGAAGAAAAGAUCGAUUUCUAUUAUUCUUGGUCCUUUUUUAUAGCUAGCUUAAGGCUUGCGUUUCUUGCUUCCAACAAAUGUAAUGCAUACCUGUGUGCUUUUUGGUACUUUGAUACAUCUUUAGUCAGCUCACAAAAAUGUUCUGAUUUCACACAAUGUGCUAACAGCUUUAAGUGUUUCAGGGUUUAUUAUGUUGCUUUCUCCAUUUGACGUGCUCAGUUUCACUUUAAGCUUUAACAUUGUUGUUUGUUUUCUCUGAUUUCCACUUUCAAUUCUCUGUGGUUGUAACAUGUGAAAUAAAGUCCACAAUUGCAAAAAUUACAAAAAUAAAAUUAUUGUUCACUGGUGCUUCUUCUA